AUUCAUUUCAGAACCGCGGUUUCUUCCCUCGCUCUCUCUCCCUCACAGUUUAUGAACCAAUAAGCACUCAGGAACUCACUGUCACCUAGCUAAUUUCUGUUCAUCGUCAAUCUCGCCAUCUCAAGCUUGGGUACUGCGUUCAUCAAUGGCGCCCGCUACUCAACUCCCUUGCGAUUGUGACGGUGUCUGUAUGAUCUGCAAGAAGAAGCCUGCGGAGGAAGAAAAGUUGACAUGCAAAACCUGUGCUUCCCAAUGGCAUGUCGCCUGUCUUUCUCAUCCUCCCGCAACCAUGGGGGAGACGCUUCAGUGGGAAUGCCCCGAUUGCUCAACUCCACCCUCCGAUUGUCCUCUGGUGACUAUUGGCAAAGCCGUAGUCGACGGGACCGGUGACUUGGUGGCCGCGAUUCGAGCGAUUGAGGCCGAUGCUUCCCUUACGGAACUUGAGAAGGCUAAGAAACGUCAGCAACUCUUGAGCGGAAAGGCUGGGUCGGAGGAAGACGAAGGUGGCGUGAAGAAGAAGGUAGAAGGUGAAGGGAAGGACGUGUUGGAUAUUCUUAGUGGAACUCUGAACUGCUCCUUCUGUAUGCAGUUACCCGAGAGGCCGGUUACGACUCCAUGUGGCCACAAUUUCUGCCUAAAAUGCUUUCAGAAAUGGAUUGGACAAGGAAAACUAACAUGUGCCAAGUGUCGUAGUGCCAUACCUUCCAAAAUGGCAAGUCAACCACGUAUUAAUUCUGCACUUGUCAUUGCUAUCCGUAUGGCAAAGGUAUCCAAAAACAUUGGUUCAGGAGAAACCUCCAGAGUUUAUCAUUUUGUACAUAACCAAGAUAGACCAGACAAGGCUUAUACUACAGAGCGGGCCCAAAGGAAAGGGAAAUCAAAUGCUUGCAGUGGAAAGAUUUUUGUAACUGUGCCUCAGGAUCAUUUUGGUCCAAUCCCAGCUGAGAAUGAUCCAGUGAGGAAUCAAGGUGUGCUGGUUGGUGAAUGUUGGGAAGAUAGACUUGAAUGCCGUCAAUGGGGUGCUCACUUCCCUCAUGUUAGUGGUAUUGCUGGACAAUCAAACCAUGGGGCGCAAUCAGUAGUUCUUUCUGGUGGCUAUGUUGAUGAUGAGGAUCACGGAGAGUAUUUUCUUUAUACUGGAAGUGGUGGUAGAGACUUAAGUGGAAACAAACGAACAAGCAACACACAAUCAUUUGAUCAAAAGUUUGAGAAGUCCAAUUUAGCUUUAAAAGUUAGCUGUUUAAAAGGUUAUCCAGUUCGAGUUGUAAGAUCUCACAAAGAGAAGCGUUCCUCAUAUGCCCCCGAACGAGGAUUACGUUAUGAUGGUGUUUACAGAAUCGAAAAGUGUUGGCGUAAACAGGGAAUGCAGGGCUUCAAAGUUUGUCGGUACUUAUUUGUUAGAUGUGACAAUGAACCAGCCCCAUGGACAAGUGAUGAUCAUGGAGAUCGUCCCCGACCAUUGCCAGUAAUUCCUGAGUUGCAAAAUGCUACAGACUUAGUUGAAAGGAAGGCGAGUCCAUCAUGGGAUUUUGAUGAGGAAGGAUCUUGUUGGAAGUGGAAAACACCACAACCUCCCAGUCAAAGGCAUGUAAAAAGUAUGGAUCCCCAAGAAGUGAAAAGGUCAAGAAGAGAAAUAAGGAAAGCCCAAAAUCUUUCAGUCAGGGAAAGAUUGCUGAAAGGAUUUGGUUGCCUCAUCUGUAAAGAGGUUAUGGGUACUCCUGUGACGACACCUUGUGCUCAUAAUUUCUGUAAGUCAUGUUUGGAAGGUGCAUUUGUGGGCCAGACUUUUGUGAGAGACAGAAGCAGGGGUGGAAGAUCACUGCGGUUACAAAAGAAUGUGAUGAAAUGCCCUGCUUGCCCAACUGACAUUUCUGAUUUUCUUCAGAACAUUCAGGUUAAUACAGAGUUGUUGGGCUUAAUUGAAUCAUUGAAAGCUGAGGCUGAAGAAAAUGCAGAAGAAAGUGAGGAUGAAGAUGGAGCAGAGGCAGACUGUGAUGGUACUGAUGCUAAAAUGGAUGAAGACAAGGAAACUUCAAAUGAGAAGCUUAAUGAUUCAGCUGAGGAAACUGAUGCUUGCAAACUGCUGUCAAAAGGACUUGGUGCGACCAAUCGAGUGGCCAAAGGUAAUUGCAAAAGAAAGAGAGCUGAUGCUGAAAAAGUUUCUCCCAAAAUUGAUAGAAGUAAAAAGGUUGAGGAUGAUGGAAAUGAUUCACCAGCAAGUCCUCUUCACUUGCCAUCAGACGAUUAAUUAUUACCAGUGGAUUCAGAUUUUGGUGGCUCUUUUAUUUUGCUUACUGGUAACUGAAAAACUGUUGGUGAGUAGGUGUCCUGAAAUCAACAACUGUAUCUACAUUGAUGGCUUUGUUUGAGAGGAAGCUUUGUGCAAUUGCUAGGGAUGGGAUCUACCCAACCCAAUCUCGUUUUAAUUUGUUGAUAUCAUGUGUCAUGAUUGGGCCAAAUAUAUUCCAAAUUCUAAAGAUUCCUAUGUUGUUUUUGAUGCCCCUUGGAGUCUGUUUUAUGUUGUAGCCAAAUAGGGGGAUGAUCAUGAUUCAUUGUGAUAGACUUAUGCUUAAUUCAACGGCCUGCAAUGUUUAAGUUGUUGCAUGUUUUAGUAUAUCCAUUGUUUCAGGUUCA